AUGCUGCCCUCGCACAAUACCAUAACCCAGCCACAAGCAAUUAGAGGUGCUGGCACUAACGGGCAUGCAGGCUCCGAUCAGCAGCCUGCCGCAUUCAACUCGUCCUCAGUCAAUGCUUCUUCGUCGUUUAUACCGUCGUCAUCGUUUUCCUCCUCUUACACAUCGAGAAACGCGACUCCCCCAUCGAAUUUCGGCUCCAUGCCGUUUACUGGGGCCAGCCCGUCGGCAAACCCACCUCCCACCUCGUUUUUGCAUCGAAAUUCGCUCGGUGCGUCCUCGGCAUCGCGGCCGGGGUCUUACGACAGCACUGCCCAGCUCCGGACGCCCGCUGUAGACCCAACAGGCAGCUUUGGUGCACCGAACGGCACCAGGAGGAGCCUGCUCACGUCAAAAUUACAGAAUGAACGCCAGAUCGGGCUUCUGCCUCCCCACCAGCAGCAGCAAAACGUGUCCUCGUUUUUUCAGCAGGGCUCCUUUUCGUCGUCCGUGCACUCGCAGUUUCUCCGCAACCACAAAUACCAACCGCAGCAGCAGAUACGACAAGAUGUUUUGUCGUACCACAACACACCGACACACGUGAGCUCCUCGUACGGCAGCGCCGUGCUGCCCACCGUGGCCCCCGUUCAGAUGGCCUCCUCAUACAGUGCACAGCCAGGCAUUCAGCCGGCCGGUGUCGCCUUCCCGCCCCAGCCAAUGCCUGUUACUGCGACCACCGACGUUUCGCACGACAUGGCCUACUCCACGACCUCCUCCUCCUCGGGUACGUUGUACCAGGACACGCAGGAGGCUGUCGACAGGCAUGGAGGUGGAAAAAGCAGGGAUGAGAGCCGUUUCCAGACCGAAGGAACGCCCAGAAACCCCUCCCGGUCGGCCGAACAGGGGGAAAUUGGCCUUGUGGGGCAAACACAGCUGCAAAUCCAGCACCCACACUUUAUCUCGUCGUCGGCCCCGGUCCACGCGUCGUUCGGGUUCUCGCAGACGCCCUCCCGAGCCGAGUUUCCGGGCAAUUACCAGGCGGUAAACGGUCCGACGUUCAACGCAGGCCAAUUUUCGCUGCACCGCCCGCUGGCAGCCGAGGGAGACCACCUCAAUAUUGCGGAGCACCCGACCCAGGACCUCCUCUUGAUGCUCUCGUCGUUGCUGCAGAAAAUCGUCGAGGCAAACGACCUGCUGCACACAGAAACGUACGAUCAGGAUAUUCUCGGGAUGCAGGAGCAAGGAACGACCCGCGCCAACAGAUUCAAUGCCAGCGUGUUGGCGUUUCACGGCCGAAACAUCCCGCCGAUCUCCUUGCACGCGUACCUGGUCCGGAUCCUCAAGUACUGCCCCAUGACCAACGACGUGUUUCUCAGCUUGUUGGUUUACUUUGACCGCAUUGCACACAAUGCCAGCGAGCUCGCGGAGUCCAGAAACACCGGUUCGAGCCCGGGCAACGGCAAGCAACCGCCUCCCUUUGUUAUCGACAGCUACAACAUCCACAGAUUGAUCAUCUCCGGCGUUACCGUCGCGUCCAAGUUCUUCAGUGAUGUCUUCUAUAAAAACUCCCGGUAUGCCAAGGUUGGCGGCCUCAGGCUAGAGGAGCUGAACCACCUGGAGCUCCAGUUCCUCCUGCUUCUAGACUUCCGCCUCAUGAUCCAGGUUGAGGAGAUGAACCGCUACGGUGACUUACUUCUCCGCUUCUGGAAACGUGAGCGCUUAAAAUCCGCCAGGAGAUGA